AUAAAUUUCAAUGUUUAAAUAGUCGAGUGGCAGUUUAGUUAGUCUUAGUGACAUGGCAAUAAGACAUAGUCAAAAUCUAAUUUAACGACUUUCUCUAAACUAAAGGAUCUUCUUAACCCCCACACGAUCUCUAAAUCCAGUGGCAUAAUCUAGUAACUAAACACUAAAACCAAUGGCUAAUAAUCUCCAUUCUCCACUAGUAUCCCCCACUACCCAAAAAUCAACCGUUCCCUCUUGCCCCAAUAACCACGACUCUAUAAACGUUACAAAACAUAAUUACCAAAUUCAAACAAAAACAAAAAACCUCUCUCCCUCUCUCUAUCUAUUUAAAAUCCGAUUUGGUUAAUCGAGUUCAUCCAUCAGAGAAAGAAAAACUCCAAAAAUGUUUCGAGUUAGCAAUUUCGUGGUUGGUCUAGCCAACACAUUGGUGAUGUUAGUGGGCGCAUCUGCCAUUGGUUAUUCGAUUUACAUGUUCGUUCACCAAGGCGUCACCGAUUGUGAAUCUGCCAUUCGGAUACCACUUCUCACGACCGGGCUCAUCCUCUUCUUGGUGUCGUUACUCGGAGUGAUAGGAUCUUGUUUCAAGGAAAAUGUCGCAAUGGUUUCGUACUUGAUCAUAUUGUUUUCGGGCAUCGUUGCGUUGAUGGUUUUCUCCAUAUUUCUCUUCUUUGUGACUAACAAAGGAGCCGGUCGUGUGGUGUCCGGUCGAGGGUAUAAAGAGUACCGGACGGUGGAUUUCUCGACUUGGCUUAAUGGGUUCGUUGGUGGGAAGAGAUGGGUUGGGAUAAGGUCUUGUUUGGCUGAGGCUAAUGUUUGUGAUGAUUUGAGUGAUGGUCGUGUUAGUCAGAUCGCUGAUGCGUUUUAUCAUAAGAACUUGUCUCCCAUCCAGUCAGGUUGUUGUAAGCCACCGUCGGAUUGCAACUUCGAGUUCAGAAACGCGACGUUCUGGAUACCACCGACCAAAAACGAAACGGCGGUUGCAGCCGACAACGGGGACUGCGGUUCGUGGAGCAACGUGCAAACGGAGUUAUGUUUCAACUGCAACGCAUGCAAAGCGGGUGUGUUAGCGAACAUAAGAGAGAAGUGGAGGAAUCUUCUUGUUUUCAACAUUUGUCUCCUCAUUCUCCUCAUCACCGUCUAUUCCUGCGGUUGCUGUGCUCGUCGUAACAAUCGGACGGCUAGGAAAAGUGAUUGGAAAAAAAUGGAGGAUCAGAUAAGGCAAUUAAAAGACAUUUUUGACCGGUUUGACAUGGACGCAGACGGAAGCUUAACAAUCUUAGAACUCGCGGCGCUUCUCCGGUCACUCGGCCUCAAACCUUCAGGCGACCAAAUCCACGUAUUGCUAGCUAGCAUGGACGCAAACGGCAAUGGUUUUGUCGAAUUCGAUGAGCUCGUUGGUACAAUUCUUCCUGAUCUGAACGAAGAGAUCCUAAUCAAUUCCGAGCAAUUACUCGAGAUUUUCAAAUCAUUCGAUAGAGACGGUAACGGGUUCAUCAGCGCAGCUGAGCUUGCUGGAGCGAUGGCGAAGAUGGGUCAACCAUUGACAUAUAAAGAACUAACGGAGAUGAUCAAAGAAGCAGAUACAAAUGGUGACGGUGUUAUAAGCUUUGGAGAAUUUGCUUCCAUUAUGGCAAAAUCUGCUGUUGAUUAUUUUGGAUUAAAAAUUAAUUCAUGAUCGUUCAAAUU